UAGAGAUCAAGUUCUUCUGUGUACAGAAGAGCCUGUAUUGCUACUUUCUAAAGCAGAUGAAUGAAUGAGUGAAUAAAAGCUUUGUAAACUUAUAGUUCCUACAUUAUCAAAUCAUUCCACUUUUUUAUACAUAUGGAAUUGGAGGAUACAAUUAUUUAUUAUUAUUCCUCUUCAAUAAUAUAUGGUGAAGUUACUAUUUCAGCUAAAAUUCUAGAAUUUUUCUUUUAUUCAAUUAAGUGUUCUUUGAAAAGAAAAAAUCUUAAAAAAAAAAUAAUAGAUACUAAGGAAUAAAAAUUAGAGCUAAAACGACGCCGUGUAACUGGUUUUCCCCUUUGCUUCAUAUAACAAAAACCCUGUCUAGGGUUUUAGCCAUCUGUGACUGUGAGGAGGGAAAGUGAAAAAAUGGUAUUAUCAAACAAGAAGCUUAAGCAGAAGCUUAGAGCAGAACUGUUGGCAAACAAAGGAGCCGAACCCGACCCUGAUAUCAAAAACCCAGAUUCAAAUUCGGAGGCCCAGUCCGUGAAAUCACUCCUAGACUCUGUAACUCGGAAACCCAGAUUGUCGAAGCGAGAAAAAAGAAGACAAACCCUUUCUUUUUCGAAAGGGUCGAACAAGGAAACUGAGGAAAAGGGAGAGGAUGUUGAAGAAGUAGAAGAAGAAGCAAAGAAGAAAAGAAAGAAGAGGAAGAGAGAGGAGGACGUGAAGGAGGAGAAGGGAAAGAAUAAGAAGACAAAGAAAAAGAAGAAGAACAAUAAGAAUAAGAAGGGGAAGAAUGUAAGUGAAGAGCAAUGGAUUUUGCAGGUUGAGAAUGGGACUGAAAGCCAGGUGAGGGAGGAUGCUGCCCCAAAAGUAUAUGUUGGAGGCAUUCCAUAUCGCUAUACCAAGGAUGAUAUUCGAUAUUAUUUUGAAGGUUGUGGUACCAUACUUGAUGUUGAUUGUAUGAAGUUUCCAGACACUGGGAAGUUUAGAGGAAUUGCAAUUAUUAAUUUCGAGACAGAAGCUGCAGUGAAAGAAGCCUUGGCUCUUGACAGAGCUGAAAUGGGUGGAAUGCAGCUAACAAUUCAGCCCUACAAAUCCAUUCGAGCCAAUAAUAAAGUAGCUGGUUUUUCCCCAAAAAUGGUGGAGGGCUACAACAGAAUAUAUGUUGGAAAUUUGUCAUGGGAUAUAACCGAGGAUGAUCUAAAGAAGCUUUUCUCAGAUUGUGAUGUAUCAUCUAUACGCUUUGGCAUGGACAAGGAAACAGGAGAAUUCCGAGGCUAUGCCCAUGUGGAUUUCUCCGAUAGUGUCUCAGUGGCCAUGGCAUUAAAGUUAGACCAAGAAAUUGUGUGCGGUAGACCUGUCAAGAUAAGUUGUGCAAUUCCUAAGAAUGGAGAAAAAGGUCAAUCAAGAUCUCGUCCUACCAGAACUGAAGUCCCUAAAAGUAAUGAAGCGCCUGCAGUUAAAGAAGCACCAGCAAUUGAAGAAGCACCUGCAAGUAAUGAAGCACCUACAGGUAAUGAAGCACCUACAAUGGGUAAUAAAGCUGAUAAUGGUGGUUCAACUGUCAGCAGUGGUAAGUUGAGGCGAAGGACAUGCUAUGAGUGUGGACAGAAGGGCCAUAUUUCUUCUGCUUGCCCAAAUAAGAAAACUGCAGAUACAACCAAUACAAACACAAAUUGACCAUUAAUAGGAGGUUUUUUUCCCUAUCUCCAAAUUUUCAGCCAUUUACAUGUGAUUCCUGUUAUCCUGGCAUAAUCUAAAGUGUUAUUCAAUUGGUUAGAAGAUGAAAAGAUUAAUGAAAAGAGAUAGUUAUUUAUGUCUUUCUCUACUUUGUUAUGAAUGCUGAUUCAUAGACUUUCCUGAGGAAUUCUUUUGGCCAAGGGAGACAUGUGAAUUACUUGUGCUUUGAAUCCUCUUCAUUCUAAAUGCAUGAAAAAAAAUGAACCGAAAUAAAGACCACAGAAAACUCUUCUUGUUUGCAGGCAUAAUCGACUAUGAUCAAAGCCAAUAUUCAUUGUAA